UCCUUUGGGUCACUGAGGGUUACAGUAUGGAACGUGCAAUAUGAUGCAACUUUCCUGCUUGUUUUCAAGUUGGAUUACUGAGACUGGCUGGAGGGGUAUCUCUGCUUGAAUUCAAUUAUUUCACUUUUCUGCAUGGAUCAGUAGCCCAUUCUGAUGAAGUCCUGUUAUCUAGUAUCUAGUGCCUCUACUCAGUCCCGUGACUUAAGACUCUUGACCUGCUGGAACAGCUCCUUCCAGAUGCUCUUUGACACGUAAUGAUAGUUGAGGAUGCCAGCCCCCUGGCAAAUAUGGUGCAAUAAGAAAUCCAAAACUAAGCAUGGAAGAGCUGAAAGGGACAGUAUGGAAGAGACAAGUGAAAAAAUGCAGAUGAAAAAAGAAAUCACAUUACUAAAUGGAGUUUCUUUAAUUGUAGGGAACAUGAUUGGCUCUGGGAUAUUUGUAUCACCCAGGGGUGUUUUAAUGUACAGUGCUUCCUAUGGACUCUCUCUAGUCAUCUGGGCACUUGGUGGGAUAUUUUCACUGUUCGGAGCUUUGUGUUAUGCUGAAUUGGGAACAUCCAUCAUUAAAUCUGGAGCCAGCUAUGCCUAUAUUCUGGAAGCAUUUGGUGCCUUUGUGGCCUUCAUCAGACUAUGGUCUUCCUUGCUAAUUAUUGAACCAACAACUCAGGCAGUGAUAGCAAUCACAUUUGCCAACUAUAUUGUUCAGCCAAUUUUUCCUCAUUGUGAGCCACCGUAUGAUGCAGUCAGGUUGAUUGCAGCUGCGUGUAUAUGUUCCUUAACAUUUAUUAAUUGUGUAAAUGUGAAGUGGGGAACCCGUGUACAAGAUGUUUUCACGUAUGCAAAAAUUAUGGCCCUUAUCUUGGUGAUAUCUGUUGGCCUUUACAAAAUUGGUAAAGGAGAAACAGAAAACCUGAAAGCUCCAUUCGAGGGCUCUGCAACACACCCAGGGAUGAUUGCUUUGGCUCUCUACUCUGCCCUCUUCUCCUACUCAGGAUGGGACACACUCAACUACGUCACCGAGGAAAUGCAGAAUCCUGAGAGGAAUCUACCUCUUUCUAUUGCAAUUUCAAUGCCUAUUGUUACUGUUAUUUAUUUGUUGACUAAUAUAGCAUACUACGUAGUGUUGGACAUGUCGGCUCUCCUCACAAGUGAUGCAGUGGCUGUGACGUUUGGUGGUGAAACCCUUAGUUAUGCUAAGUGGAUAAUUCCUAUAGCGGUGGCCAUGUCUUGCUAUAGUGGCUUAAACUCAUCAAUAAUUGCAGCAUCUAGACUUUUUUAUGUUGGAGCCAGGGAAGGACACCUCCCUGAUAGUCUGAGCUUGAUUCAUGUAAAGUGCUUCACACCAGUCCCUGCUCUCCUCUUCAAUGGCUUAAUGACUUUGAUCUAUCUCCUUGUGGAAGAUGUUUUCCUCCUCAUUAAUUACUACUGCUUCAACUACUGGCUUUUUGUGGGUCUGUCUAUUGCAGGACUAAUAUAUUUGAGAUACACUCAGCCACAUAGACCCCGGCCUAUCAAACUUAGCCUCUUCUUCCCUAUAGUAUACUGUUUAUGUUCCCUUUUCCUGGUCAUAGUUCCUCUCUACAGCGACACAAUCAAUUCCCUUAUUGGCAUUGGUAUUGCCCUCUCAGGCGUUCCUGCAUAUUAUUUAGGAGUCUAUCUGCCAGUUGAAAAACGACCUAAAUGUCUGCAGUGGCUCUCUGCUACAACAACAAAAUAUGUUCAGAUGCUCUUCUACUGUGCUCUGUCAGACUUGGACAUAGACAUGGAACCUACAGCAGCUAAAAAUAAAUAGAUCUGCCUUGACAUUGAGAGUUGUGCCUUGACAUUUCCUUUCUGGAGCAUUUUUUAUCUUCUGACGUUUUCUCCAUGUGUUCAGUUAUACUAAAGCACUAACCGCUGUACUAUGCAUCAGUUUGAUGUCUGUUAAUUUGUGCUUGUUUUAUAAACCACUCUGGUUUACAGGAUUUUUUUAAAAAAUCUGUUAAUAGUGACUUAUCAUGUAACACUUUGAAACUAUACAGCACUGUAUGAGCAAACAUCAGUAGAUAAGUGCUAGAUAUUACAUUAAUUGCAAAAUCAUAAGAAAAAGUAUUAGGUCUCAUCAUAAUCCUAACAAAUAAAUUGAUACAUUUAACAAAAGACAGACUAGAUAUUUGCAAGAUUCAAAACCUGAGUUAGGAAGUAGAUGCCAAAGUGUACUUCGAAAGAUAUCAUUAAAUUCUGGAAAAUGGAAAAAUUUCAUAAUUCAAACUGGUAGACAUGCUUUAAGUCAACAUAGUAUUAGUGUUAAACUAUUCUAAUGCAUAAUUCCUGGCAUACAUAGUUUGCCAAAAGGAGGAAACCAAAGUUUUCAGUCAUUUAAAUUCUGUGAGAAAUUCUUGUUUGAUGAUACCCCCUUCAUUACCCUUUUGCAGAAGAGGCAUUUUGAACAAACAAAUUAUACCACAGUAACUGAAGUACUUUUGCUUUCCAGCAGAACAACCUGUCAUGGAGCACUGUAAGGGACUGAAUCAUGUUCCAUCUAGUGUAUAUUCAGGGAAAUCAUUUUACCUUUUCAUAGUGUCCAUUGCUUGCCUGGAAGUAUCCAAGGUGUGGAUACUGAAUGUACUGAUUUUUUCCGCAGUGAAACUUAAGGAAUUCACAAGGCGAAAUAAAAACUAUUGAUAUUUACAAAAUCCCUUGAGCCCCUGCCCAAGGCCUUUCAGGCCUCACCAGUUCCUGCUGGCAAAGUAACCUGCAGGUCUCCUACUGAGCAUGCAGGGAGCCUCCAGCACUGGCUGCCAGGUCUUCCUGUCACCUAAGUGCCUGUUGCCCAGCACCCAGCACAGGCAUGUGCACUGGACAAGCGCACCCACCAGUGGGUGCCAUGGAAGAAAAAGGCGGUUAGGAACUAGGAUCGAGCUCUUGAACAUUAAGUUUUUCAGUGUGGCACACGGGAAUGUGUAACCAGUCCUAAUACUUAGUCUCCUGAUAUGUCAUUUAAAAAAGAGCUAUCAAUCAGCCUUGCAACCUAGACCAUAAAAACCAGCUGCUCCAGCUCUAAUAUGGUUUUUUGAUAUGUAGUAGUGUUUGUUAUCCUUGUUGGCAAGGUGUACUUCCUUUCUGUAAUUAUAUUUGAGUAUAGCGUACAUUGUUUCUAAUUUGAGCUUCUGCAUUCCUAUUCAAUUAACACCAGUUAAUGUAAUUUAAUCUUACACAAGUCCCGUAGCUUCUAGCAUUAUUGUCUUUUAUUGAUGUCUGCCCAGAGAAGGAGCAAUUCAAUAAGUAAUUAUUGCUACUUAAACCUCCCUUCAUUCCCUCCCCACUUUGUAAAGUCAUUUGCAGGAUUGUAAUUUCAUGCAUCUCCAACACAGUGUUUGGUGACAGGGCUCCUGUGAAACCUUAUAUGUGCAUUUCAAUGUCAUGUGCUGUGGUAGUUUCCUUUCAGCAGGGUUUUCUUUUGAUAUAAAAUAUGAACAAUAAAAAUGCACUAAACGAAGCUAAACAUGAAGAUAUUAGAGAUGCACGUUUUGCUUUUUGGAAGCCACUGAUUUGAGCUCUCAAAUCACUUCAGUAUCAUACUCACAAAACAAAAAGAGGAAAAAAUACCUAGGGUGUAGUUUAGUUUGCCCAGAUGAGUUUCCCCACGUACUUCAGACACACACCGCAUGCCUGUUACAGUAUAGAAUCCUACUCUAUGACUGUACAGAAAUACUGCCUUUUUGCCCCAUCUCUCACAAAGCACCGGUUAAUGACAGAGCCACAGUUCCAAACGCUAUCAGGGCACAUAGAGAGUACAAACCCUGCAAGUCAAUACCAAAUUAAAUAUGACAGUCUUUGCCUCCACAGAGUUCAAAGUCAUGCUAGGUGCUGAGCUGUGUGUCACACCAAGACAGCACUGUACCAUCCUCUGAAGUUUUUCCUUACAGAACCAAAGUUCGUAAGUGAUUAGUGUAAUAAGGGCUACAGACAAAGACCAUUUCCAUAGAGAAUUCUGAGCUAAGAAACUUCUUUCUUUGUCUGUUUUUUGCCAAAAUCUGUUUUUGCAUGAAUCUCUUAACUUUCUGGGCAUGAUGCACAAAGCCUUUGUUUUAUUUCUUUCUGGACAGAAGGAAAGUAGUGGUCAGAUGCAAUGCUAUAAAUGUGAAUAGUGUUAUUGAAAUUCUCUAUGCAACGAGAAAUGGUAAUGUGUUUGUUAAUUUUUCAUUCCUUACAAAUAAUAAUACCUGUAAGUUGUCAAAUAUCUAAAGCAAGUCAUAGCUGCUGAAGUGUUUAAAUAAAUAAACAUUCUACGAA